GCUCAAAUUCCCCCAAUUUUCAUUUCAUUUCUGUUUUGUUUUUUCUGUCGCUGUUCCAUCUCAAGGAAAAAAAAAAUCUUCCGAUAUUUCUCCUUCAAAGGAGAAAGGAUAUAAAAGCAAUUCACAACUCCUCUUUUUCUCCAUUUCCACUCCCUCCUGCACCCCUCUCUCACUCUCUCCGUGAAAUUGGCAGGUAGUGGCAACUUCCUGUGUUUGUUAGGCUCUCACUUUUGCCUCCUCUUUGGUUACAGUGUUACCUUCCUGCUCCAGAAGCUUUCUUUUGAUUUAUAUAGAUGUCGGCCUCAUCGGCAUGCCUCAUUGCAAAUGGAUUCUCCACUGGCACAAAACUAAUUUUGAGCAAAGACUUCUUUGGUAGGCAUUUGGCUCCUUCCUCAAGCCUUCCUCCAUUGGGUAUAGCAUCUAGAUCAGUCUCUGUUACGGCUUCUUUGGACCAGAGGAAGCAUGAAGGAAGAAGAGGAUUUCUAAAGUUGUUGCUUGGGAAUGUCGGGAUUGGUUUACCUGCUUUAGUUGGUGCUGGGAAUGCUUAUGCUGAUGACCAAGGUGUAUCAUCAUCAAGAAUGUCGUAUUCGAGGUUUUUGGAGUACCUGGACAAGGAUAGAGUGAAAAAAGUGGAUCUGUUUGAGAAUGGCACCAUAGCAAUUGUUGAAGCUAUUUCUCCUGAGUUGGGUAAUCGAGUGCAGCGGGUACGUGUACAGCUCCCGGGGCUCAGUCAGGAGCUCCUUCAGAAGUUCAGAGAGAAGAAUAUCGACUUUGCAGCACAUAAUGCUCAGGAAGACUCGGGGUCUCUUUUGUUUAACUUGAUUGGAAAUCUGGCUUUCCCUCUAAUCCUGAUUGGAGGGUUGUUUCUUCUGUCAAGGCGGUCAUCUGGAGGUAUUGGUGGGCCUGGAGGCCCUGGCUUUCCCCUUGCCUUUGGCCAAUCUAAAGCCAAGUUUCAAAUGGAACCAAACACGGGCGUGACAUUUGAUGAUGUUGCUGGAGUAGAUGAAGCAAAACAGGAUUUCAUGGAAGUGGUGGAGUUUCUGAAGAAACCAGAGAGAUUUACUGCAAUCGGUGCCCGAAUUCCCAAGGGUGUUCUCUUAAUUGGGCCUCCAGGAACUGGAAAGACCUUGCUUGCCAAGGCGAUUGCCGGUGAAGCAGGUGUUCCAUUUUUCUCAAUUUCAGGAUCUGAGUUUGUAGAGAUGUUUGUUGGUGUUGGUGCUUCACGAGUACGUGAUCUUUUCAAGAAGGCUAAGGAGAAUGCUCCAUGCAUUGUGUUUGUUGAUGAAAUUGAUGCUGUUGGUAGGCAAAGAGGAACAGGUAUAGGCGGAGGGAACGAUGAAAGGGAACAAACUCUUAAUCAACUUUUGACUGAAAUGGAUGGUUUUGAAGGCAACACUGGUAUCAUUGUAAUUGCAGCGACUAACCGUGCGGACAUUCUUGAUUCUGCUUUGUUAAGACCUGGUCGCUUUGACAGACAGGUAACAGUUGAUGUUCCAGAUGUCCGUGGACGAACAGAGAUAUUAAAAGUGCAUGGUAGCAAUAAGAAGUUCGAUGGCGAUGUUUCGCUUGAUGUGAUAGCCAUGAGAACACCUGGUUUUAGUGGAGCAGACCUUGCAAACCUUUUAAAUGAAGCAGCUAUAUUGGCCGGUCGUCGUGGGAAGACGGAGAUUUCAUCAAAAGAGAUCGAUGAUUCAAUUGAUAGAAUUGUGGCCGGAAUGGAAGGAACAGUUAUGACAGAUGGGAAGAGCAAAAGCCUGGUGGCAUACCAUGAGGUUGGCCAUGCAAUUUGCGGAACUUUGACUCCCGGACAUGAUGCAGUUCAAAAGGUCACACUUGUCCCACGCGGCCAAGCACGGGGACUUACAUGGUUCAUUCCCAGCGACGACCCGACAUUGAUCUCUAAGCAGCAACUGUUUGCGAGAAUUGUUGGUGGUCUUGGGGGCAGAGCUGCUGAGGAAGUGAUUUUUGGUGAGCCCGAAGUAACCACUGGUGCGGCAGGUGACUUGCAGCAGAUCACUAGUUUGGCCAAGCAGAUGGUGACAACAUUUGGAAUGUCCGAGAUUGGCCCAUGGUCACUUAUGGACUCAUCCGCACAAAGUGCAGACAUUAUCAUGAGAAUGAUGGCCAGGAAUUCGAUGUCGGAGAGGCUUGCCGAGGACAUUGAUUCUGCUAUAAAGCGGAUCUCAGACAGUGCAUAUGAAAUUGCAUUGAGCCACAUUCGAAACAACCGUGAAGCCAUUGACAAGAUUGUGGAGGUACUUAUCGAGAAGGAAACGAUGACGGGUGAUGAGUUCCGAGCGAUUCUUUCCGAGUUUGUGGAGAUCCCAGUUGAAAACAGAGUCACUCCUGCUCCAACAGCAGUCCCAGUCUAGUUUAACGCAUACAAUUCCAUUAUAGCUGAAAGAAAAUCACUUAGCCUGUUGAUAAUUUCUCAUGGAUUUAACAAUCCCGUUCAUUGACUUUAGCCUACACGGGAUUAAAAAUUUGUAUUAUCUUUUGCAAAUUUCAUUUUAUUGUAAUUGCUCCAA